CCCACCGGCUCACCCUCACCCCUUUCAUCCUCAUCGUGUGAUGUAUAUAAACCGGGGGAGGUGAGAGGGCGAGGCGCUUCGUGAUCGCGCUCGCUGCUGCUGCUACAUCGACAUGAAAAAGGAAGGCGGGUCGGACAUCGAGAGGCUUCCUGAGGGCUGCGUCUCCAACGCCAUCGCCCUCACGUCGCCCCUCGACGCUUGCCGCUCCUCCGCCGUCUCCACCGCCUUCCGCGCUGCCGCCGACUCCGACCUCGUCUGGGACCGAUUCCUCCCCGCCGACACCCCCGCCCUUCUCUCGCGCGCUCUCCAUCCCGUCGACUACUCCUCGAAGCGCGAUCUCUUCUUCCGCCUCUCCGACUCGAUUCUCAUCGACGGCGGCAAGAUGAGUAUGUGGUUGGAGAGAUCGAGUGGUGCCAAGUGCUACGCGCUCUCCGCCCGAGCCCUCUCGAUCGUGUGGGGCGACACGCCUCGGUACUGGCGGUGGAUUACUUCGCAAGAUUCCAGGUUUGCAGAGGUGGCCGAGCUGGUAAACGUAUGCUGGCUGGAGAUCCACGGCCACAUCCAAAGCAAGAUGCUGACUCCCAGAACAACCUACGCUGCGUAUCUCAUCUUCAAGCUCGCCGACUGGUCCCGCGGCCUCAACCACCCAACUCAGGAAGCCUCUGUCACGCUUGGCCUCCGCUCCUCCGCUACCGCAGUCCCCUUGCAGCCCCGUAGCGACGACGUGCGGGGACGGUUCAAUCGAAUUCGAUUCGGACUACUGCCGGCGAGGGAUGAUGGAUGGAUGGAGGUAGCAAUGGGGGAGUUUUACAACGAGGAAGGGGAAGAUGGGGAGGUCGUCAUGAGCUUCAUGGAUAUCAAGGGUGGGCAUUGGAAGAGAGGUCUCAUUGUCCAAGGAAUCGAGAUCAGGCCCAAACACACAAAGCACCACUAGUUCUGCUUAAUUUGCCCUGUUUCAAAGAGAUCGAGACAAUAUCCCAGAUAAUUUGUUUAUUUGUAAGCUCCUAGCCGUGGCUGCCUAUUUCCUAAAGGGUUUCUCUCUCUCUCUCUCUCUCUUAUAAAUA